UUGUUCGAAGAUUUACUUUGGAAAGCUUCUGAAAAACUGGAUAAGCAAGCGUACCUUGCAUAAUUUUUUAUUUCGAUUGGUAUGCAAACAUUCUCUGUCAAACUACUACUACAGCUUUUACAUAAUUUUCCUUUGCAGUACUAGGUUUAAAACGAGUUCGAGAAGCCAAGAAGAAAUUUUUAAUCUGAUAACCGAGAUCCCUGCAACUACAGCUAAUUUGCGCAAUACAGAGGAUGUUCAUGGAAACACUGUCCGGCACAUUGCAGCAAAACUGGCACGUCCCUCUAAACUCUUAUCAAUUUCUGGUGCGGCUUUACAGAUGCAAAGAGAGGUGCAAUGGUUUAAGGAGGUGGAGAAAUUAUUUGACCCUGCAAAAAUAGGCGAGAUCGAUGUGGAACGUAAUACAUUUAUGGACCAUUUCACGGUGAAUCACAAGACGUUGUCUGAGGAGGGAGAGAAAUGGAUGAAAAAUACUGCAAAUUCUUGCAUGAUUGUUAGCACGCUCGUUGCCACUGUAGUGUUUGCUGCUGCUUUUACUGUACCUGGAGGCAAUGUAGGUGAUACGGGCAUUCCAGUUUUUCUGCGGCGGGCAGAUUUCUUAGUGUUCGCCAUUUCAGAUGCACUAGCUUUGCUUUCUUCAUCCACUUCUUUAUUGAUGUUCUUGUCCAUCUUAACUGCGCGAUAUGCGCCCGAAGAUUUCCUCCUAAGGCUGCCAAAGAGGUUGAUUAUAGGUCUCGGUUCUCUCUUCUUUGCUAUCAUCACCAUGAUGGUGGCCUUUGGUGCAGCAUUGUACAUGCUACUCAAGGACAGAUGGGAAUCAAUUUACAUCCCAAUUAUCAUUCUGGGUUGUAUACCGGUACUGUUAUUUGCCAAGCAGCAAGUUCCCUUAUUCUACGAUAUGGUCCAGUCAACAUAUGGAUCCGGAGUUUUCAAGAAGAAAAAGACAUGGUGAUUCCCCAUUAAGUGGAAAUUACCCUUUUGGGCAUGUCGUUAGAAUAUUUAAUUAGCAUGAGUGCAAGAGAUGUGAAGGAUGUAAUUUAUUUGGAAUUUAUAUAAAUGUCGUGUGCAUUAAGAAAUGGUUGUGCUCUGUUCUAAAGGUCGUCUUAAUUAUU